CAAACUACAGUUCCGCAGUGUCACAGUCAGAGAUAGACGAUACACACAUCCUUGCUGGCUUGAGGUCUCACUCCGUUGGGACACGAUCAGAGAUAGACGAUACACAAGUCCUUGCUGGCUAGAGGUCUCGCUAAGAAGGGACACGAUCAGAGAUAGACGAUACACAGGUCCUUGCUGGCUUGAGAUCUCACUCCGUUGGGACACGAUCAGAGAUAGACGAUACACAAGUCCUUGCUGGCUAGAGGUCUCGGUCCGAAGGGAUACGAUCAAAAAUAGACGAUACACCAGUCGCGGACUCCAGCCAUGGCGCACCUGUCCCACGAGGAGAAGAUGCAGUACACGAGCGUCUUCCUGCAGCUCGAUGAAGAGUUGGGUAAUGGGGAGGGGGCGCUGGACAUCAAGGCGUUUGAGAAGUACCUGUUCAUGUGUGGAUACCGAAUCUCUAAAGAAAGAGUUGCUGAAGUGUUCUGCCGUGCGGACAUAGACGGGAACUGGAAGAUCACACUAGACGAGUUCCUGGCACGGCUGCCACACCUCGCCCCACAAGGAUCACCGGAGGCCAGGGCAGCCGUUAUUCGGCGGAGGUUUGAGAAUAGCGACCUCAACCACGAUGGCUUCCUGACGUUUGACGAGCUAACUGUGCUGAUGGGCGGCAUCCAAGACGACCAAGAAGCACUGAAGGAGCUUGUCAAGUGCAUACUUGACAAAUGGGACGAAGACGGCGAUGGUAAAAUCAAUUUUGAAGAAUUUCUGACGCUGUAUCUUGAGUCGGAUCUGGAGGAAGAUGACUUUUCUGAUGUUGACGCUUUUGCAGCAGAAGGAGGGGAAGAGGGGGAGGCGAACACCGGGGGCGGAGAUGAGAGGGGCGAAGAGGAACACGCAGAGCUGAAACAGGACCCAGAAGAACCCACAGAGGAAGAUCCCGAGAAGCCAAAGGAUGUCAGUACAGCUGAAGAGGAAGAACCUGAGAAGUCAAAAGAUGUCAGUACAAGUAAAAAUGUGAAGGACAAGCAGGAAGAAAAGAAGAGUUGUGGUGGAGAGAGGAAGGACGCUGAAAGAAAGGGCAAGGUCGGGGGAGCUGUUAGUGUCAAGGAUAUGGCGGCGAGGUUGGAGAAAAUGUCAGGGUGAAGACUCUAGAAUAGAUUGAUGGUUUGACACUUACAGAUGUUGUUA